CUGCACAGCCCAUACCCAAGAUAUCACAAAAUUGUUUUAUUUCCCAGUGCCUUCCCUGUGUAGUUUUGCCACUUCUUGUCAACACUGUUUGAUGAAGUGAUAAAAUGUCCUUUUCUCCUUUUUUUAUUAUUUUAGCUUCUCCCAGUUUGCUGUCCCUAACUGAACCUGGUGUCAUCACAAAGAUGAUGCUCUCAUCUCUUCUCCAAGCUCUCUCAGAGACCCUGUCCUGUAGCCAAGAAACCAGGGCAGCCUUCCAAGAUGAUGCUUGGGGAAGCAGAACUCAGCUUUUGUGCUGACACUGAACAACUUAACCCAUGCAAAUUGCAGUUCUUGUGUUCUUUGUUGGGACUCGCAGCUCCCCUGGAAGGGAACACCACAUGAUGCAGACCUGAAGCUCACUGCUGGAUCCAUUAGAAUCACUGUCAGUCCUUUGGGCAAACCCAUACUGCUGUUGACAUAUUUUGGCAAGUUCUCCAGCAAAUUCUCACUUGUUCUCUUUCAUAAUAUUGCUUCAGAUUAGGGAAAUGUUGGGAGAACCUGUAUUUUUCUUUAUAAAAAUUACAAAGAAACCUUUUUUUGAUCUAUUUUAGGUCUGUGUCUGAAAAAUCAACUGUAAUUUCCCAGAAGUGACUCAGGACUACUGUAUUUCCUCAUUCAUUUACUCUGUCCCUUCCCCAAACAUACAGUCCCUCAGGUACCUCACAGCGAGUUGCAUAAAGCCCUUUGUCAGAAAACAGCUACAACAUCUGUUUAUCUGGUCCAAUUCCCUGAUAAAUAAAAUAUAUCCCAGAGGCAUAAUAGCAUGCUAAAAAUAAGAGUAUGACACAAUUUGAGCCAGCUAAUCUGGUAACUCUCUUUGCUGCAGCUCACGGAGUGUUAAUGUGAGAAGCCUGUAUCUUUCCAGCCCGGCUGUGAGCAUCGCGCGUGGAUCUCUCCCAGAGCCAGAGCCAAAUCUCAAGUACUGUGCUGUCCUGUGCUCACAAGCCUCCUCCCUCUGGCCUCUCCUGGUUUUGGAAAAUGAGAGGGCUGGCAGACAUGGAUUCUUGGUAAGUGUGGUUUUUUAGUUUCUUGGGAACUCGACCACACAUGGAGGUAACUGGUAUGUAUUAAUGAAUGGCUCAGUUAUUUAUUCCUCCCCAGUAUUAUGGAGCACCCCAAGUCUCCUGAGAAGCCAGAGCUGACAGCAGAGUUGAACAUCUUCAACUUGGACACCCUUUGUGUCCGUGUGUCUGUCUCUGGGUCAGUUAUGAUCCAGGCCCUUGAAAUAUUCCAGCAUCUUCCACUGUUUCAGUUCCCUCUGUCCUGGAAGUUGUAGGUACUUUGUGCUCUUCUUAUCUUUCAAGAAUACAUUGUAGGUAAUUAUUAUGUUUACUUAGUUAGCUUUUUGUUGAUUUGAGCUUAUUUGGUGCAGUCACUGGUGUUUCUGCAGCGCAUAUUCCAUCAUCUCUUUGAUUUUUUCCUAAUUAAUGGAAGAGUCUGAUCACUCGCUUCCAACUAGUUUUUAAGUACCCUUGAUUAUUUUCUUUAUUGUGUUUUGGGAAUUGAUUUAGAGUUGAAACAUCCCUCAACUAAUUGCAAGACAUAAUACCACUAAACUGUAUGAAUUAACAAAUACUAAUACGUACUUAACAUCUGUCCUAGAUACCAGUGUUUGUACCCACACACAGAGGAUGCUGCCUCAGGCUGAAAUUAGAAGACAGGGAACAAUGUCGUUUAUCCAAAGUCUACAUUUCUUUAGUAUAUUUCAAAUCAGCACAAGACAUAUAUCCCAUUCAGAUAUUCAUCUGUUCAGCAUCUUUACCAAAAAGACAACUCUCUAGAUGACCCUUGUGGCAGCAGAAGUUGAGGUUCUAGCUGAUGUGACUCAAUUAACAUUGUAUGAGGUUUCUCCAAAUGUGUUGAUGGCCAUAUCCAUCUUAAAGGAAAAAAACCAACCAACCAAAAAACCAACAAACAAACAAACAAAAAACACACCAAAAAACCACCCUACAACCUGAAAGCAACCAAACAAAAAAUCCCCAAAAACAUCAACAACAAAGAAACACUCCCAUACUUUUAAUUUCUCCUGUUUGUCACUAAAAUGUCAUGCAAGUCACGCAAACCAGCAUCAUUUUAUAUUCUGGGCACACCAUUAAUUUUCAGAGGCAAAUAUGUGUUUAGAAUCGCUAGGUCUGUUCAAACAUUGAAUGCAGUUGUUUUUCAGUAUCAUCUAUACAAGAAGUUUAGCUACCUUGUUGUAUCAAAAAUCCAGCUGUACUGGCAAACUAACAGGUUUUUUUUAAAAAGCUGGAAGAGGAAAAGGGGAAGGAAGAAACCCAUGUGUGACCUCUGGUGGUUUUAAGACCUACUCAGAAUAUUGUACCUUCAUCAAUGAUUAAAUGUCUCUCCCUUUUAAAAUGCAUUGAGCCCUCAUUUUUAUGUGGAUGGAUAUUACUACACCAGAAAUUCAACCUCUCACUGAGAAAAAGGGUGAUCACAAGAAUGGGAAAACGACUCAGAGAAGUAAAACCAAUGCAAACCAUUUGCCAGCUCCUUGGAAGAGAUUGACAGUCUCAAGACAUGUAAACACAAGUGGCCUGCAUUUCCCAAAAUAAGAAAUUAUGGCAGAUGCUCAGCUGGCACUGGCACAUCAGAUAACCAUCACUCUGGGAGGACAGGUACUCUCUGAAAACUGGGCACUUUUAAUAACAUUGAAAAGAAAGUGCUUAAAAGUGCUUUGGACACCCAGGUGUCCAAAAAUUUUAUUUGGUUUGCAAAUACUAAUUUUGACCCUUUUUCAAGCUUCUAAUUUUUUCUUCUUUGUAUGUGUCUUUUCCUUGCUCUGUCUGAAAACAGAAAAAGGGGUAGAAAGCACUAUGGAACUAGAAUAAUAUGUGUAUGUAUCAGUCAGCAGGUUAAUAUUUAGAUGCCAUUUUGAUUACAUAUUUUCUUUUUGUUUUUUUGGUUAAGGAUCUUCAGGAGGUUUUCAGAACCUAUACAUGGGCUGGCAUGGAAAGCAAAGCCAGAUUUUAUCAGAUAUAUCUCCAUGCUUCUUAAUUCCAUGUGUUUUCAUCAGUGUUUUUUCUGUGCCUUGUUGUUUGUAGGCAGCACUUAACACUUCAUAGUUCCUCAGAGAGAGUGCUGACUGUGGCUGAGAAGUCAUCCUGGAGAGCAGAGUCACAGUGGGAGCUGUGGGAUCCGGCCCUUGGCUUCUGAUUAUGAGCGAGGCAUGACACGCGUCGUGGGUGGCAAAAAUGCCGAGGGAGGCGCCUGGCCCUGGCUUGUCAGCAUCCAAGAUCCCGCGGUUUCAGGCACGGGGCAUCUAUGUGGAGGGUCCCUCAUCAGCGUACAGUGGGUCCUUACAGCAGCCCACUGCUUUGUUGAGUCCAGGAACAUCAGCGCCAUGCGCCUGCUGAUUGGGGCAACCCAGCUGACCGAGCCAGGCCCUGGCGCUGAGGUGCGCAUGAUUAAGCGGCUGCUGAUUCACCGGGAAUACAGUUCUGCCGACCAGAGCAAUGACAUCGCGCUGCUGGAACUGAACGAGCCUGUCCAGUGCAGCCCCUACAUCCAGACGGUCUGUGUGCCCAACCGCACGCUGAACGUGGCACAGCUGGACAAUUGCUAUGUUGCUGGCUGGGGUGCCACCACUGCAAGAUCUCAAACACCAAGUGAUGUCCUGCAGGAGGCCAAGGUCCACCUUAUCCACGUCCAGAUCUGCAACAGCAGCGAGUGGUACGGUGGGGACAUCCACACCCACAACUUGUGUGCUGGCUACCCGGAGGGUGGCAUUGACACCUGCCAGGGUGACAGCGGGGGUCCACUCAUGUGCCAGGACAACAACGCUGACUUCUUCUGGGUCGUUGGUGUGACUAGCUGGGGAAGAGGCUGUGCCAGAGCAAAACGUCCUGGAGUAUACACUUCUGUUCAGCACUUCUAUGAGUGGAUUCUGCUCCAGAUGAAACUGCUUGAAAAAGUAGAGCCUUCUCGGGCAACCGCCUCACAAAGGUGGGGUCAUCUGCCUGCCAUAUGGCCUACUCUUCAGCCAUUGCCAACAUUAUUCCCCACUCUUAAUCCAUGGCCAAGACCGCCUCUCACUCUCAGACCAUUGCCAACAGCAUUCCCCCCCAUUCAGAGGCCUUUGCCAACAGCAUUCCCCACCAUUCAGAGGCCAUUGCCAACAGCAUUCCCCACUCAGAGGCCAUUGCCGACAGUGUAUACCACUCAGAGGCCAUUGCCGACAGCGUAUACCACUCAGAGGCCAUUGCCGACAGCGUAUACCACCCAGAGGCCAUGGACAACAGCAUACCCCACUCAGAAGCCAUUGCCGACAGCGUUUACCACUCAGAGGCCAUGGACAACAGCAUACCCCACUCAACAACCAAUCCCCACUCAAAAGCCAACUUCGAUGCCAACACCAGUGCAAGAGACUAACAACUGCCCAUAUCCAUUCAAGAAGCUGAUGGAAUUCUUCACUAAGCUCCAGGAGCUCCUGAAGAACAUACCGGGAGUUACAGUUUGAGCAGAAGAAUGGACAGGAUCUAGUGCAGGUUGCAUGAGACCGUGACCAUUUCCUGCUGAGGCAAUGCCUGCUGAUCCAAAGGCCACCUCAGUGCUGAAGGCCUCCUCUGUCCUGCCCACAUUGCUUCUCUGCAUGUAUGCAAAUGCUAAUGUUGACUUAGUUGCUGAAAUAAAGUUGCCUAUGUUUGUUGUUAA